CCAGUUCGGCCUUCAAAAUCUGCGUGGCGUUGCUUAGCUUUUGUCUUUAAAAAACGUCAGUAAGUUGUUAAAUUGUACGUUUUUCAGCAAAAUUCGUCCACUGCAUUGCAACUCAGGACCAGCACUCUAAGCGCUACCGGCAUGUAAUUUUUGUUUUCAAGUGAUGGGAAAUGUGCCAUGCAAAAAUUUGCAAGUACUGCGGAAAAGGGAUGAUGACGACGACGAUGAUGAUGACGAACUCAUCGACAAAGAAAUUCGGGACCAAAUCGACGCAGCCUUUGACACGUUACAAAAAGACGAAAAUUGUAAUUCGUUAUUGAAGAAGCAUCUCACACCGGAUAUAUUUGAUCUCGUCAAGAAAAAGACCAGUCUGUACGGAGCUACCCUCCUCGAUGUUAUACAAUCCGGCGUGAGAAACUUGGACUCCGAAGUUGGUGUCUACGCACCGGACGCCGAAUCAUACACAGUAUUCGCUCCGCUACUGGACCGGAUCAUUUCAGAGUACCACGGCGGUUUCACGUUGAUCGACCGACACCCACCAUGCAACUACGGCGACCCCAGCGAGAUCGGCAACCUCGACACCGAGGGAAGAUUUGUGCUCUCUAUUCGCAUUCGCUGCGCCCGUUCCAUCCAGGGCUACCCCCUGAACGCGCUGCUCACCCGAGACCAGUACAGCGGCAUCGAGAGCAGGAUGUUCACGACGCUCGGCCGCCUGCAAGGCGACGUGGCCGGCGACUACUAUCCGCUGACCAUAAUGCCGGACGAGGUGCGUCGGCGACUCACGCAGGAUAAUCUGCUGUUCAAAGAGGGUGACCGGUUUAUGCAGGCGGCCAACGGCUGCCGAGACUGGCCGAUGGGCCGCGGAGUGUUCUCCAACGCCGACCGCACCUUCGUCAUCUGGGUCAACGAGGCGGACCACGUGCGCGUGCUCUCGGUGGAGCAGGGCGGCGACUUGGGCGCUGCCUACGAGCGCCUCGUGGACGGCCUGACGCAGCUAGAGGACAAGGUGACAUUCUCGCACAGCUCCCGCUUCGGGUUCAUCACGUUCAGCCCCACCGAGCUGGGAACCACAGUGCGCGCCUCGGUGCGCCUACGCCUGCCGCGGCUCACCAACGAGACCACCAAGCUGCAGGAGCUGGCGAACAAGCUGCGCCUGCGCAUCCGCGGAACUGAAGGCGAACAGCACGAGGUUCAGGGCGGCGUCGUGGACGUGCGCAACCACGAGACGCUGGGCCUGAGCGAGUUCGACUCGGUCCGACAGGUCGCCGACGGCGUUCGCGAGCUCAUCCGAAUGGAGAAGUUCUCGUGAUGUGAUGUGGCGAUGCAGGAUGUGAUGUGACGUGAAGUCAGUUGGUAUGACGUUAUGUGAUGGGAAGUGAAGAGGAGGGAGACAACUUAAGUGACGUAUGGGACGUGAAGUGACGUGUUGAUGUGUAAAGUGACUUAUUGAAGAGGGCCGCGACGUGAGGCGACGCGCAGUGAUGUGAAGUGAUUGAAAAUUAUGUGAGAUCACGCAGAAAGGCAUCACGGAACGUGACAUCAUUCGGCGUGAAGUGAAGUGAAGUUGUGUGUAUGCCUUAAUCCAAACUCGAAGCGACUUAAAGUGGCGUCAUGGAAAUUGGCUUUACGUUUCAUGACGCAGCAUGGCCUACAGUAACGUGGCGGAAAUGACAGGCAGGAGCGGAAUGCAUUAUCAGGGGCGGCGGAGAGAAAUCAACCACAAAGGGUGGAUCUCAAACGGCCCAACAUGACAGCUGGAUGUCCUACUAACGAAAAAAAAACCUGCGCCGGUGGAAGGGAGGCUUGAGUCCACGAUGUGUAUUCGAAUAUCGCUGUUCCAGGAUGCAUUCCGGUAAACGUUUACCUCAUGCGAUGUUUGUCGACCAUUGGCGGAAGAAAAAUCCGAAAUAAACAUGAAGGGUCCAAAU